AUGUACAGACAUGACUGUAGAGGUGUUACCACACCAUAUAAUGCUGAUUUUGAUGGUGACGAGAUAAACUUACAUGUACCUCAGUCCCUUGAGGCACGUGCUGAAGUCACUGAGAUUAUGAUGGUGCCAAAGAACAUUGUUACACCACAGUCCAACAAACCUGUCAUGGGAAUUGUGCAGGAUUCUUUGAUGGCUGUCAGAAGAUUCACGAAAAGAGAUGUUUUCCUUGAAAAGGACACAAUGAUGAACCUCAUGAUGUGGAUCCCCAAUUGGGAUGGUAGCUUGAUCCAGCCAGCCAUCCUCAAGCCUCAGGCACUAUGGACAGGGAAACAGAUCUUCAGUAUGAUUAUUCCAGGAAAUGUGAAUAUGAUCUGUACACACAGUACCCAUCCAGACAAUGAAGAUAGUGGACCAUAUAGACAUAUCUCACCUGGAGACACUAAGGUUCUUAUUGAACAUAGUGAGCUGGUCUCUGGCAUCUUGUGCAAAAGAUCCCUUGGAACUUCACCAGGAAGUUUGGUCCACAUUGUGACAGUAGAAUUGGGUCCCAAGGUUGCAUGUAUGUUUUAUGGGAACAUCCAGACUGUUGUGGACAACUGGACUCUGAUUGAAGGACACAGCAUGAGCAUUAGUGAUUGCAUUGCUGAUAAUGAAACUUAUGAAGAAAUUCAGCAAUUGACAAAGAAAGUCAAGGCAGAAGUGAUGGAAGUAAUCAAGAAAGCUCACAAUGAUGGUCUUGAGCCUACCCCAGGUAACACACUACGACAGACUUUUGAGAAUCAAAUGAAUCGUAUCCUCAAUGACUGUCUAGACAAAACUGGAGGAAAUGUUCUGAAGAGCUUGCCAGAAUACAAUAACUUCAAAGCUAUGGUUGUAUCUGGUUCCAAAGGUUCCAAGAUCAACAUUUCACAGGUUAUUGCUGUGGUGGGUCAGCAGAACGUUGAAGGUAAACGGAUUCCAUUUGGAUUCCGCCAUCGCACACUCCCACACUUCACCAAGGAUGAUUAUGGUCCUGAGAGUAGAGGGUUUGUGGAAAACUCGUACAUUGCUGGCCUUACUCCAACGGAGUUCUACUUCCAUGCUAUGGGAGGCCGUGAGGGAUUGAUUGAUACUGCUGUGAAAACCAGUGAAACUGGUUACAUACAGAGACGUUUGAUCAAAGCCAUGGAAGGUCUAAUCGUUGCAUAUGAUGGAACGGUCAGAAAUUCCAACAAUCAGAUGAUCCAGUUGAGGUAUGGUGAAUAUGGAAUGGAUGGCGCAGCAAUCGAGUUCCAGAAUAUGCCAACCAUAAAACCGACCAAUUUAUCUUUUGAGAAAAAUUUUCACUUUGAUUGCUCCAGUAAAAAGCGUCUAGGCCGUCUUCUAAAGGAAGAUGCAGUGCGAGAUCUUUGCAGCAGUGCUGCAGCUCUUCAGGAUCUUGAGUCAGAGUUCAGUCAACUGCAAAAGGAUCGAGAGAUUCUUCGUAGAAUCAUUCCCUCAGUAGACUCUAAGGUGGCUUUACCAGUAAAUCUUACUCGUUUGAUUUGGAAAGCGCAGAACACCUUUCCUCUUACCAAUGGAAACCCGAGUGAUUUGCACCCUCUCAGAGUCGUUGAAGGUGUGCGUGAGUUGUCCAAAAAGUUAAUAGUUGUUCAUGGCGAGGAUUACAUUAGUAAAGAAGCGCAGUUUAAUGCCACUCUGUUGUUCAACAUCCUCCUCCGUUCCACUCUGUGUACCAAGCGAGUCGCUGAGGAGUUUCACCUGUCGUCAGAAGCAUUUGAAUGGAUACUGGGAGAAAUUGAAACUCGCUUCAACCUGUCCAUGGUUAAACCUGGUGAAAUGGUUGGUGCUUUGGCCGCUCAGUCUCUUGGUGAACUUGCUACUCAGAUGACACUCAACACGUUUCACUAUGCCGGCGUAUUGGCCAAAAACUUAACCCUUCGUGUUCCACGGCUUAACGAAAUCAUCAACGUGUCCAAAAAGCCUAAAAAUCCUUCCCUGACGGUGUUCCUUAUGGGAAAACCUGCCAGAGAUGCCGAGAAGGCGAAGGAUGUGCUAUGCCGUUUAGAAAACACAACCUUGCGUCAAGUCACAGCCAAUACAGCAAUUUAUUACGACCCAGACCCCCAGAACACAGUAGUAACAGAGGACCAGGACUUUGUAAAUGUUUACUAUGAGAUGCCAUACUUUGACGUGGCUCGGAUCUCGCCAUGGCUUUUGCGUAUUGAACUCGAUCGUAAAAGUAUGAGGGACAAGAAGCUUACCAUGGAAGAGAUCUCCGAGAAGAUAAAUCUGGCUUUUGGUGACGAUCUGAUUUGCAUUUUUAGCGAUGACAACGCAGAGAAACUUGUCUUCCGUAUUAGGAUGACGAACAACGACGAUGCAAGGUUAUCACACGAGGAAGAACAGCUGGGCAAGAGUAAUGACGAUGUACUCUUACGCCGUAUUGAAGCCAACAUGCUGACUGAUAUGUCCCUGCAGGGGAUCGAAGCUAUCUCUAAAGUGUACAUGAACCUGCCUCACGAGGACAGCAAGAAACGAGUCACCAUCACAGAGAACGGAGAGAUUAAACAUAUAUCUGAGUGGAUCCUGGAAACUGACGGUGUUGCGCUUAUGAGGGUGCUUGGUGAAAAAGACGUGGAUCCCGUGCGUACAACAUCCAAUAAUAUCUGUGAAAUGUAUUCUGUGCUUGGAAUCGAGGCUGUGCGAAAGGCUGUUGAACGUGAAUUGAACCAAGUGAUCUCUUUUGACGGUUCUUACGUGAACUAUCGUCACUUGGCUCUUUUGUCUGACAUAAUGACGUGUAGAGGACAUCUCACGGCCAUUUCACCUCUAAAACCAGUUGGAGAUAACUCUCAUCUUUGUGAACCGCAAAAGUUUUUAACUUAA